ACUGGGUGGGGUUUUGCCAGUAGUUGGGCAUUUCCUUUCGGAUUAAAUUUCGUUGUCAGACUGGUAUUUAAAUAUGCUGCAGUAACGAAGCCGGGGAAGCCAGUGGAAACCAGUGACCGCUCAAGAUUCUACGCUAUAUUAUACCUGUAUUAUUGUUUUCUUCAUUUGAUUCGAAAAAAGUAUAUUAUAUAGAACAGUAUUUUGAAGAUUCAACCGCGUCAGAAUUCAAAUGUAAGACGACAUCACAAUUUGCCAGCUUGAAACGUGGAUCAUUUUUGGGAUUCCUCUACAGUUUGAAUGAAAAUCGUGCUUUUUAGCUGUGAUAUGUAAAUGUGCAUGUAAAAAUGACUUAGGAUCACUAGUAUGUGUUUAGUCUAGCCAAGUUACUGGCUUAUAGUGGUCUGUGCAUCUUUGUCUCGUGUUUGGCCUGUAAAGACUUGGGGAACGCUUUCCAUUCAAGGAUAUGUCUGCAUAAUAUUUGAUUGAAAGAAAAAACAAACCAUCUACUAAACCAGUAAGAAAGAGAUCAUCCGAAUUAUUUUAAUAGAAAAAGCACCAAUAGAGGUCCCUAUAGAGUAUAAGAUUGUCCAUUGUCGAAUUGCAUCAUGUUCAGCUGGUUGGGUACCGAUGACAGGAGGAAGAAGGAUCCUGAGGUCUUUCAGACAGUCAGCGAUGGCCUCAAGAAGCUCUACAAAACCAAGCUGUUACCCUUGGAGGAACACUACAAAUUCCACGAAUUCCACUCGCCCGCCUUAGAGGAUGCCGACUUCGACAACAAGCCCAUGGUUCUCCUUGUGGGGCAGUAUUCCACUGGAAAGACCAGCUUCAUACGAUACCUGUUGGAGCAGGAUUUCCCUGGAAUGCGGAUUGGGCCGGAGCCCACAACAGACUCCUUCAUUGCAGUGAUGCAUGGAGACACGGAGGGGGUGAUCCCUGGCAACGCCCUAGUUGUCGACCCCAAGAAACCCUUCAGGAAGCUCAACUCCUUCGGAAAUGCCUUUCUCAACAGGUUUGUGUGUGCCCAGCUUCCCAACCCUGUUCUCGAGAGCAUCAGUGUGAUAGAUACUCCUGGUAUCCUGUCUGGAGAGAAGCAGAGGAUCAGCAGAGGCUAUGACUUCGCAGCCGUUUUAGAGUGGUUCGCCGAACGCGUGGACCGCAUCAUCCUCCUGUUCGACGCCCACAAGCUAGACAUCUCAGACGAGUUCUCAGAGGUCAUCAAGGCCCUGAAGAACCACGAAGACAAGAUCCGGGUGGUUCUAAACAAGGCUGACCAGAUCGAGACGCAGCAGCUGAUGAGGGUUUAUGGCGCCCUCAUGUGGUCGCUGGGGAAGAUCGUCAACACGCCUGAGGUCAUCCGUGUCUAUAUCGGGUCGUUCUGGUCACACCCAUUGCUCAUCCCUGACAACCGUAAACUGUUUGAGGCGGAGGAGAAGGACCUGUUCAAGGACAUCCAGUCACUGCCCCGCAAUGCUGCCCUCAGGAAGCUCAACGACCUCAUCAAGAGGGCACGGCUCGCUAAGGUCCAUGCCUACAUCAUCAGCUCUCUGAAGAAGGAGAUGCCAAGUGUGUUUGGAAAGGAGGGCAAGAAGAAGGAGCUGAUCAACAGCCUGGGAGAGAUCUACAGUCGCAUUGAGAGAGAACACCAGAUCUCCCCUGGAGACUUCCCCAACCUCAAGAAGAUGCAGGAGCAACUGAACGCCCAUGACCUGAACAAGUUCCAGCCCCUGAAGAUGAAACUGCUGGACACAGUGGAUGACAUGCUGGCCCAUGACAUCGCCAGCCUCAUGGUGCUGGUCAGGCAGGAGGAGACCAACCGACCCCAGCAGGUGGUGAAGGGAGGGGCCUUUGACGGUACCCUCAAUGGGCCCUUUGGCCAUGGCUACGGCGAGGGUGCUGGAGAGGGCAUCGAUGAGGCAGAGUGGGUGGUGGCCCGCGACAAGCCAAUGUACGACGAGAUCUUCUACACGCUGUCGCCGGUCAAUGGGAAAGUGACAGGUGCCAACGCCAAGAAGGAGAUGGUGAAGUCCAAGCUGCCCAACACUGUGCUAGGGAAGAUUUGGAAGCUGGCUGACAUCGAUAAGGAUGGGAUGCUGGAUGAUGAGGAGUUUGCCCUGGCCAAUCACCUGAUUAAAGUCAAACUAGAGGGCCACGAGUUGCCCGCCGACCUCCCCGGUCACCUCAUCCCCCCCUCCAAGAGGAAAAUCCCUGCUGAGUAGACCCACCCCUGCAUCCUCACUUCCACAGGGCACUGAAGAAGAAAGGGAGUUGGUAGGAGGAAGGGCAGGGAAUGAUCUUCGGGGGGUGCGGGGGUAAAUUCAUCAAGGUUGGACAACCACGCUUCAACAUGAAACAAAGAAAAGUUUUAACUUUGUGGUCAUGCUUAGAGAGAGUAAAAAGAUUCAAAUUGUUGGCUUGCUCUUCUGACCUAUGUAUGGUUUUGUUUUGUUUCUUUUUUAAAUUAAACUGGGUUGAAGGGGGUAAAUGUCAUGGUUCAGAGUUGGGGGAACUGAUAUUGGACUCUUACUGACUGCACCACCUGCAUGCCAUAUUAUUAAACACCCCCGCUUAGAGUGUGCUAUCUGUGACAAUAACCUGCAUUAUCAUUGGAUACAUGAACCCUGUCUGUUUCUCAAGCAUAAAAGAUUUUGUAUUUUAUUUGAGCCUGAAUUUGAACCUACGUCAUAUUUCCCUUGGCAUAAAAUAGGCAUGUUUCAAAAAGGAUCAACUUAAUCUUAAUCAUCUUUAUUACUUAUCAUCUUUAAAAUACAAUAACGGCUAAAAUGCAGUGAUAUGAACCCUUUAAAAAAUAAAUCGACAUAUUCUAUUUUCUUCUUGUGAACAGGCGGCAUCCUAAACAUGCAGGCCCUUCGUAGCCUGACCAAGAGACUGUUACAACUGUAUGGCUGUCAUGUCGGAAAUCUGAGAGUUGGUAGACCUUUAAAUGUAUAAUGUUUUGAAAGUGCUUUCUAGUAACUUGUAUCCCUGUCCAACGUUUGUAUGUUUAUACCUACGUAUUUAACCUAUUAUUUAGAAUACUUCACUGUUGAGGGAAAGAGACUUCAAUCUUUCCAUAGACAAGGAGGGGAACUGACAAUGGAAACGGACAAUUUCCUUAGUUAUGCAUUCAGUGUGCACUGUUUACCUAAUUAAAAAGCAAAGGUUUUAAAUCAGCACUUUCAUUCAAUUACUGUACUCAGAUCGCUUCCCUCAAUACUGUAGAUAGCACAAAAAAUAGUUACAUUCUUCCUAUACUGUGACUUUCAAUGUUCAUCAUAGAGUGUAUAUCUACCAUAGAGACUAGGUUCUAUAUUUUAUGAUAUCCACUAGUGUUGUAGUUGAGACCACUUCUGGAUAUUAUCCACCAUAAAGAAUAUAUCAUAAUCCAAAUACCCCGUGUUUGUGUACCUGAUUGGUCAGAAACAGAAAUUGAAUAGGUCAAAUAUAUAUGGGUAUUGUAUAUAGAAAAGGCCCCCUAAUUGCGUGUUCAGGGCAAGUUUAAUUUCGUAGCUACAGUAAUACUGGGACCAUGUUGGGGGAACACAGGUCUGAAAGGAGUUCUUAGGGGAACUGAUAUGUUGAGAAUAUACAGCACACAGUAUGAAAGGGCUCUAUUCAAUCCGUAGCACUGAAGAUCCGCUUUAUAGAGCGAUUGACAAUUAAAGACAAUGUUCCCGUGGUCGUGGAGACUGCAUUCACUGUAAACGCUGCGUAUGUCGACUCAAUCAGAAUGAGUUUCUCCCACUCUGUACACAAGGGGUAAGUUUCUUUCCCUGGCUGAUAUGACUGAUACUAUUUUCUCCUGCUGUCAGUCUGUUGCUGCUGACAGUACGCUAAGUAUCCUGUUGUCAUCAAUCUGUUGCUGCUGACAGUACGCUAGGUAUCCUGUUGUCAUCAAUCUGUUGCUGCUGACAGUACGCUAGGUAUCCUGUUGUCAUCAAUCUGUUGCUGCUGACAGUACGCUAGGUAUCCUGUUGUCAUCAAUCUGUUGCUGCUGACAGUACGCUAGGUAUCCUGUUGUCAUCAAUCUGUUGCUGCUGACAGUACGCUAGGUAUCCUGUUGUCAUCAAUCUGUUGCUGCUGACAGUACGCUAGGUAUCCUGUUGUCAUCAAUCUGUUGCUGCUGACAGUACGCUAGGUAUCCUGUUGUCAUCAAUCUGUUGCUGCUGACAGUACGCUAGGUAUCCUGUUGUCAUCAAUCUGUUGCUGCUGACAGUACGCUAGGUAUCCUGUUGUCAUCAAUCUGUUGCUGCUGACAGUACGCUAGGUAUCCUGUUGUCAUCAAUCUGUUGCUGCUGACAGUACGCUAGGUAUCCUGUUGUCAUCAAUCUGUUGCUGCUGACAGUACGCUAGGUAUCCUGUUGUCAUCAAUCUGUUGCUGCUGACAGUACGCUAGGUAUCCUGUUGUCAUCAAUCUGUUGCUGCUGACAGUACGCUAGGUAUCCUGUUGUCAUCAAUCUGUUGCUGCUGACAGUACGCUAGGUAUCCUGUUGUCAUCAAUCUGUUGCUGCUGACAGUACGCUAGGUAUCCUGUUGUCAUCAAUCUGUUGCUGCUGACAGUACGCUAGGUAUCCUGUUGUCAUCAAUCUGUUGCUGCUGACAGUACGCUAGGUAUCCUGUUGUCAUCAAUCUGUUGCUGCUGACAGUACGCUAGGUAUCCUGUUGUCAUCAAUCUGUUGCUGCUGACAGUACGCUCGGUAUCCUGUUGUCAUCAAUCUGUUGCUGCUGACAGUACGCUAGGUAUCCUGUUGUCAUCAAUCUGUUGCUGCUGACAGUACGCUAGGUAUCCUGUUGUCAUCAAUCUGUUGCUGCUGACAGUACGCUAGGUAUCCUGUUGUCAUCAAUCUGUUGCUGCUGACAGUACGCUAGGUAUCCUGUUGUCAUCAAUCUGUUGCUGCUGACAGUACGCUAGGUAUCCUGUUGUCAUCAAUCUGUUGCUGCUGACAGUACGCUAGGUAUCCUGUUGUCAUCAAUCUGUUGCUGCUGACAGUACGCUAGGUAUCCUGUUGUCAUCAAUCUGUUGCUGCUGACAGUACGCUAGGUAUCCUGUUGUCAUCAAUCUGUUGCUGCUGACAGUACGCUAGGUAUCCUGUUGUCAUCAAUCUGUUGCUGCUGACAGUACGCUAGGUAUCCUGUUGUCAUCAAUCUGUUGCUGCUGACAGUACGCUAGGUAUCCUGUUGUCAUCAAUCUGUUGCUGCUGACAGUACGCUAGGUAUCCUGUUGUCAUCAAUCUGUUGCUGCUGACAGUACGCUAGGUAUCCUGUUGUCAUCAAUCUGUUGCUGCUGACAGUACGCUAGGUAUCCUGUUGUCAUCAAUCUGUUGCUGCUGACAGUACGCUAGGUAUCCUGUUGUCAUCAAUCUGUUGCUGCUGACAGUACGCUAGGUAUCCUGUUGUCAUCAAUCUGUUGCUGCUGACAGUACGCUAGGUAUCCUGUUGUCAUCAAUCUGUUGCUGCUGACAGUACGCUAGGUAUCCUGUUGUCAUCAAUCUGUUGCUGCUGACAGUACGCUAGGUAUCCUGUUGUCAUCAAUCUGUUGCUGCUGACAGUACGCUAGGUAUCCUGUUGUCAUCAAUCUGUUGCUGCUGACAGUACGCUAGGUAUCCUGUUGUCAUCAAUCUGUUGCUGCUGACAGUACGCUAGGUAUCCUGUUGUCAUCAAUCUGUUGCUGCUGACAGUACGCUAGGUAUCCUGUUGUCAUCAAUCUGUUGCUGCUGACAGUACGCUAGGUAUCCUGUUGUCAUCAAUCUGUUGCUGCUGACAGUACGCUAGGUAUCCUGUUGUCAUCAAUCUGUUGCUGCUGACAGUACGCUAGGUAUCCUGUUGUCAUCAAUCUGUUGCUGCUGACAGUACGCUAGGUAUCCUGUUGUCAUCAAUCUGUUGCUGCUGACAGUACGCUAGGUAUCCUGUUGUCAUCAAUCUGUUGCUGCUGACAGUACGCUAGGUAUCCUGUUGUCAUCAAUCUGUUGCUGCUGACAGUACGCUAGGUAUCCUGUUGUCAUCAAUCUGUUGCUGCUGACAGUACGCUAGGUAUCCUGUUGUCAUCAAUCUGUUGCUGCUGACAGUACGCUAGGUAUCCUGUUGUCAUCAAUCUGUUGCUGCUGACAGUACGCUAGGUAUCCUGUUGUCAUCAAUCUGUUGCUGCUGACCGUAAGCUCGGUAUCCUGUUGUUGGCAAUUUGAGUAGAUGUUGCAAAUGAUACGGUAGCCAAUAAAGGCGACCGAGCCAAGCAUUUCUCAUUCUGCUUCCUGUUUUUGUUUUGAUUAACUUCAGUAAGACUAUUUGAUCUCCUGAGACAGUCCCUUUCCAGAUGUCAGGGAGCUAUGAAUCUACAUGGACACAAAUCAGAUGACUGUUUUCAUGCACGCCAAUUAAAGGGAUGUAUUUUGAGUCCGAUUGCAGCUUCUGAUUGUAUCGCACCUCACAUGUGCUCAACAGUUAUGCUUCACAUGUACACAACCCAUUCAAUGAUAACUACAUACACUGGAUGCCUGCUCUGUGUUCAUCACAACAACUGUAAAUCCAUUGUACAGCCCCUUGUAAAUGAGAACACACAGUCUUCCCUGUCGAGCUGGUGGAGAAUACUCAAACAGCUGCUGGGGUGGCACUCGCUGAUCUAUAGGCUAAUGUGGUGUAUCACAAGUGGAGCUGUCGGUGAUGUUUGUGCAGUCACCUCUCUGAGCCAUGAAUAUAGAGAGUUAGAAGGGGUGUCCUGGGAUAUGGAUAUUUUCAUUCAGUUGUAUUAUUCAUGAUUAACAAUGAGCGGUCUACUUGGUAAACCACAGUACCCUGCGUGUGUCUUUCUGUACCAUAUGUGCGUGUGUGAUUAACAGACUUGCAGAAAACCAGUAGCCAUGUUCAUGUGUAUGUUGUUCUAUGUAACUGUUCUCCAGUUGGUGGGAAGUUGGAUGGUGAAACAUUCCGCAUAUUAUGUUCUGCUUUGAAAACGAAAUAAAGCUCAUUCAUUUAUUACAGA